ACACACGCGGGACCCCGCCCCCCGCCCGCUCCGCCAUGUUGUUUCUUCCUUCCCCAGCGCCCGGCAGCGGCGGUGGCGUAGCCCGGGCUCGGCACCGGCGGCGGCACCCCCUCUCCUUCCCGUGGGCAGGUCUAGGAAACAGGAGGAUCUACUCCCCUAACAAUGGCUGCAAAAUCAUCACUCCUUAAAGUAAUACUGCUAGGAGAUGGUGGAGUUGGGAAGAGUUCCUUGAUGAACAGAUAUGUCACCAACAAGUUUGAUGCACAGCUGUUUCAUACAAUAGGUGUGGAAUUUUUAAAUAAAGAGUUGGAAGUUGAUGGACACUUUGUUACAAUGCAGAUAUGGGACACAGCAGGUCAGGAACGUUUUAGGAGCUUGCGGACUCCUUUCUAUAGAGGUUCUGACUGUUGCCUGCUAACAUUCAGUGUGGAUGACUCUCAAAGCUUUCAAAACUUAAGCAACUGGAAGAAAGAAUUCAUUUAUUAUGCAGAUGUCAAGGAGCCUGAAAGUUUUCCAUUUGUGAUACUGGGUAACAAAGUUGAUAUUGAUGAAAGGCAAGUGUCUACAGAAGAAGCCCAAGACUGGUGCAGGAAUAACGGCAACCAUCCCUAUUUUGAAACCAGUGCAAAAGAUGCCACUAAUGUUGCAGCAGCCUUUGAAGAAGCCGUUAGAAGAGUUCUAGCCUCUGAAGACAGAUCAGAUCACUUUAUUCAAACAGAUACAGUAAACCUUCAUCGGAAGCCGAAACCCAGUUCAUCAUGCUGUUGACUUGAUUUUUUUUGGUUUUUUUUUUUUUUUUGUUUGGCCAAAUUACUUUUGAUGAGCUCACUCUGUAAUAUAAUGGAGACAGUGUAGUAGAUAAAAUAACAAAUGGGUUCCACGCUAAUAUUAAAAUUCUAAUAUUCUGCUGCUUUCUUGGGGAAGCAAAGGGGAGCACAAGAAAAAUUUCCAUUUGUGAGUGACCCAUUAUUGAAUUAGCAACACUUUCUGUUAAGAAAGGUGUCAAGUAAAACUAUUAAUAUCAAAAUGUAAUUUGCCAACUUUAUUCAAAUGAUAAAUACUUUGAAUAUAAUUAAAACUUGAAAGUUCUAGAAGCACUACUUCAGAGAGACUGUUCUGGAAUUCAGAUGCAAAGAUACUUUUAUAUGUGUAUAUUUUUAUGAAAUCAGCAUUCCAUUUUUGUUUUACUAGAAGUCACUUUCUUAACAAUGCUAGAUAUUAAACCUCAGUCUCACUACAUUCCUUUUGCUGUGAGUGGUACUUCAUCUCUAAUGUGUUUAUUAUAAGUUAAGGCAAAUUACCUUCAGGUCAUCUCCAUUUGCCUAAUGUUGCUAUAAUUUAUGUAGGUUUUUAAGCAGGAAAUUUAUUUUCUACAUAUCUAAUGUCCAUAUUCGUUUCAUUUACUGCCCUAAUACCAAACUCUUUUUCCAGCAGUUUAAUGCAAGAUACUGAUGAUUUUUUUUUAAUACAUGUCUUUGCCUUAAGUCCCAUUUACCAUGUUUCUGAUCAAUAACAAUUUGAGUCCCUGAAGUAUAACCAUCUUUAGUUAAGAAAAAGAUAGCUUUAUUCAGUCAGCUUUAUUACCACUUGAAGGGAUCCACAUUAUGACAAAUCUGUAAGAGAACGUUUAGUUCUGUCAGCCUUAAGGUUCCAAACUUCUCAUUCCUGUUAACCUGAGUUAUGAAUGUGUUUACUAGUAAUCUCUGCACUGUGAAACUAAGGAUUGGCAAUACGUAGAGAACUCAGGAAGCUCUUGACUUACCGUAGAUUGACAGCUUUCAGCCCUAGUACAAGUAAAUACCUACAGCUUGUAACUGAGCUAAAUUUCAUCCUUAUUUAAUUGCUAUUUUAGGAUAUGGACUUACAAAUUUUAAGACAGUGUCUUUUGUAUUACUGUACUCAUUACACUAUGGUGAACAGAAGCAAAUUCUGUACUUAAUGGAUAGUCUUUUCUGCAGUAAUGCAGAUGAAACCACAUGAAGCGUAUUUGAGGCUCUCCAUUGCAGUUAAAUGGUAGAAUACUUGUUGCUGAAUAUUGGCUCUCAAGAGCAUCCACUGUCCUUGUAAUAACAAACCUGAUGGUGCACUACUGCUUCAAUGUGUAAUCUGACUGCUAGCAGGCAUGCGUGUACACAGCUUGUGGACUUCAGAAGGAAGUCUGCGGCCUCUGGGACAGGUUGUGUUAUUCACUAAACUACACUGAUUCUGCUUUCUGCACAGCAAUUGUUUUGUUCCAAUAGAAAAGCCGUUCUUGAGAGUACAGCAACAGCAAGAAUUUUCUCUUAAUGUAUCUGUUCAGUCUGUACCAGGUGAAAUUAUUUGGAAGUAAAGCUUGCAAAACAAAUCCUUGUUGCUCUUAAGACUUUUCUGAAUGUAUUGUGUUCUUGCUUGAACCGGUCCAGGACAACUUUACUCCAUAGAUCUGCUCCUGCUUAAAAGUGACAUCUUUUUACCUUUUGUACAUUCCUUAGUCCAACUAAUUCUUACAGUUCUGCAUAUACAGCAGCAUAACUGUGUUUUAAGCUUCAGUCACCCAACAGCUAAAUAUAGUUUGAGCUGCUACUUCUGUUAUGUUUAAUUUCUGAGUGAAAAGAUCUGUGAAGAAAAUCUUAGCCAAAUUCAUUGUGAUCUUAAGCUGAGAGUGCAAAAAGCUUUAAAAACAAAGAUUGCUUGCAUUGGGGGGCUGUUAAGCCAAUGACAUGAAAUUGUUGUAAGCUACUGCCUUGCUACUUAAAGCUUCCUUUAACAUGCAUUUUAGCAGAGAGUAAGGUUUAAACAAAACAGGAGAUGAAGUUACUGUGACUGGAGUGCCAUAGAUAUGAUUUAGAUAAGAUUGCCAGAAGGAAACAGUUAAGGAUGAGAACCAUUGUGGUCUUUUUGAGCCUAAGUGUCCAUCUGUCCCCUUUCCAUGUAACAUAGUUACCAAGCCUCCAUCUGAGAAAUAGGCUUGAUAAAGUUAAAUAAAACUUCAGAAAAUAUAAGUGUAUUACUUGAGCCUUAGUAACUGCUGUACCACAACUGCACACCAAAAGCGUCAAGUAAAGAUAAAGCGGGCUUUAUGUGCUAUAGUAGAUAAGAGAGAAUUGAGAUCAGGUUUUGUUCUUAAAGGGAGACUGUCAACUAUUUGAACAAAGCAAAAGUAUGAGAGGCAUUUCUGUACUUUAUGAAAGCUUAGUAUCUAUCAUUCAGUAUAGGGGUACAGUAGGCGCUUGCGGCAUACGUUUCACUUCACUGAUUCAAGUACUACUGUACCUCAAGUAUUAGGAGGUCCUGUUAGCAAUGAGUUCUGUAGAGUGACAGAGCAUACGUAUA